UUUUCAUCGAACUUAACGAAAAAUGGACCCAACUCGAUGUGACAAAAUUGCCGCUCUGCCAUUUUAAUCUAGCUCCCAGUGGCAUACACAACGUUCUCGUAACUCUUAAUAAACGUUACAAUGUCGGGAGGUUUGGAUAUUUUAUCCCUUAAAGAGGAAGAUGUCACCAAGAUGUUGGCCGCAACCACCCAUUUAGGUAGUGAGAAUGUUAACUACCAAAUGGAGCAAUACGUCUUCAAGCGUCGUCCCGAUGGUGUUAACAUCAUCAACUUGGGCAAAACCUGGGAGAAGCUGAUGUUGGCUGCUCGUGCUAUUGCUGCCAUCGAGUACCCACAAGACGUCUACGUUAUCUCAUCUCGUCCCUUGGGUCAGCGUGCUGUCCUCAAGUUCGCCAAGUACACCGACACCGUACCAAUUGCUGGACGUUUCACCCCCGGUGCAUUCACCAAUCAGAUCCAAGCCGCUUUCCGCGAGCCUCGUCUGUUGGUUGUCACCGAUCCAUCAACUGACCACCAGCCAAUCAUUGAAGCUUCGUAUGUCAACAUCCCUGUCAUUGCUUUCUGCAACACUGACAGUCCAUUGCGUUAUGUUGAUAUCGCAAUCCCAUGCAACACCAAGUCCCCACACUCCAUUGGUUUGAUGUGGUGGUUCUUGGCCCGUGAAGUCCUCCGUCUGCGUGGAACCAUCUCACGCCAAUCCGAAUGGGGAGUUGUUGUAGAUCUGUUCUUCUACCGUGACCCAGAGGAGACAGAGAAGGAGGAAGCCGCAGCCAAGGAGUUGUUGCCAGCUCCAGCUAAGGUUGAUGAAGUCAUUGACAUUCCAGUUGAGGAAACCAACAACUGGGCCGAUGAGGUUGUUGCUGCUGAAACAGCUAUUGCUUCUUCUGCUACUGUUGGUGUUGAGGAUUGGGCUGACGAUAACGUCAAGACAUCCUGGGGUGGUGAUGGAAACUUCUAAACACGUGGAAACGCAGUGAUCUUGUUUCCGAACAAUUUUUACACGAAAUAAAGCAUUUCUUAGUAAAGUAA